AUGUUUAUACUGAUACCGGCAUUAUGGUCGUUGUUAAGGAUAUGGGGCGACAUGAUGCUAAUGAUAGACAAUCUGCAGUAUACCUUACCACUGUUAAUCUCAGCACUGAAAAUGUCUAUUCUUUGGAGCAAGAAAAAAGCUUUAGCGCCGCUAAUUGAUAUGAUCGCGAAGGACUGGACGAAGGUGAAGCUGAAAGAAGAACGAAACGUUAUGUUGAAACGAGCCAAAAUUACUCGCGUGUUCGCCAUAUGCGGAGGAUUCAUGAUACUCUUGGCAUUUUCAAUCACUGUCGUUUUUCCGUGUUUCGGUCUGACACUCAGGCACGUGACGAACUUGACCGAUCCUGGGAAACCUACGCCGAUACAAUCAUACUACUUAUAUGAUGUGACCGAAAGCCCGCAAUUCGAGCUAACGCUUCUGAUGCAAGGAAUCGGUUUGGGCUUGUCAGGUCUCACUUACACCGGGGUGGACACUUUCUUUGGAUUAUUGGUCUUGCACAUAUGCGGUCAGCUAGAGAAUCUGCACAUUCGAUUAACUAAUUUGGGAAAAAAUUUAAAUUUCAAAGAGACAUUAAAGUACAAUAUUAUGGAUCACGUCCGCUUGAUCAGAAAUGCGACAAAAUCUGUUGACAAUGCAAGCAGAUUAGCAACAGAAACCAAGCAGAACCUGUAUCGAUACGACUGCAGAUUGGUGGCAAAAACCGAGCAUAUCUUGCUGCAAGUCAUUAAUCAAGAUGGUAGUGGGUUGUCGUUCAUGCAGUUGAUUUGGUUUGUCUCCGCCGGUUUAUGUGUUUUGUUGCACAUGUGUCUCUACUGUUUAGUGGGCGAAUUUCUGUCAACGCAAUCUGAAGGAAUAAGUCACGCUACGUAUGAAUACGUAUGGUACACUUUAGAGCCGAACAUAGCAAAGAACUUAAUAUUAAUUAUGCUUCGCGCAAAGAAACCGCUUCACAUCACUGCUGGAAAAAUGUUUCCUAUGACGAUGACUACGUUUUGUAAUUUAUUAAAAACGUCGGCAGGCUAUAUAUCUGUGUUACUUGCCAAUCGAAACUAA